CGAUCACUAUAGGAAGUCGAAGUCUGUGUGUCGUGCAUGUCAAUGUCAUGUGUGUGAGUGUGCGAAGUGCAACAAGUUGUCAAUUUCCCCUCUUUUCACAUCAAAUUAGAAAGUGCUGUACUGCCUGUGGAGUGUUAUUUCCUCGAUAGAAAGAUGCCACCGAAGAAGAAGAACAACAAGAAGAAGCAGUGCAAUGGUUUUUAUAUGUACAUGAUGGAUAAGAAACGUGGUUUUGAGAUAGAAUGUGGCAAAGAUCUGACGAUGCCAGAAAUGGUUUCAUUGGCUCAUCCAGGAUGGAAGUACUUAUCCGAUGAAGAAAGGUUGAAGUACAAUGUUAGAGCCAAGUCUUACAGUCAGCAGGAAAAAAGACAUAACCUUCAGGCUGGAGCAGGCAAGAUGGAUUGCACAGGUCAACUCAUCAAUGAAAGAGUGGAUUUUCUGGCUCUGAACGACAGACGUCGCUCUGAUGAACGAAGAAAGUUAAUUGAGAAAUGGCCUGUUGAGAACGCUGUGUGUAUGGAGAAGUUUCACUUGAUAUCGUUUGAGACGCUCUGUGAGUUACCAGACGAGCAAGGUUAUCUACCGUGCGAGAUCUCCUGUGUAUCGUACAGCUUGUAUGCAGGCAUUAUAGAUGUGUAUCACCAGUAUGUGGAUCCUGGCAGAUUGCCUAUAGGUUACAGAUACCUCUGCCAAUCUAAAAGUGAUGAGACGAAUAAGAUUCCAGUUUCUAACUUUGAGUUGGCGACGGCCAACUACCGUCAAAUAUGGAUCGAACUGUGUGACUUUCUGAAUCCUCAGCAACACAGUGUUUUCCCUCCUGUCUUUUGUCAGUUCCAGAGGCGAAAUGAAGUGGAAGGAUGCUUGAGGUGGCUCUCAGAUCAUGCUGGUGUACCUAACCGACUCAGCAAGGUAUAUGAAGUAGAAGUCUUACUAUGUGAGUUGUUUGUUCAUAUGAGUGCAACUCCUCCGUCCCACUCAGCAGCCACAGAUUUGUUGACUACUACUGCGUUUGACUAUGAUGCUGGCACAAGGUGCAAAUAUCAUGAAGAUAAUGAGGUACCAAUGGAUUACUGUGCCUUGGGAAAAACCAAGAAGAACUGUUUCUGUAUAAGUGACGCUUUAGCAUCGUUAUACAACAUUGAGCUGACAUCUAGCCAUCUCCCUGAGAGGCAAGAUGAUAGUUCUUGUCUCGUUAUCCCUCCGUCGGUUUACAAUUCUCAAUAUUCUAGCAUCAAACCACAAACGCAACAUCCUAAGAAUGCCAUCGUUGGUGGAAGAGGAAUGGAUGUAGAUGUGAGAAGGAAGGAGGUCAACGGCAUGGACCAUCAGCCCACUAGGAAGGUGGUUCAGAAUCCUGAAGUGAAGGAGGAGCCGUUAAGAAGACCCACAUCUGUCAGUGUUACCAGUAUUCUAGCUGCUAAGCAAAUUCAACCAAUGAAAGACAGAGAGAUGGGAACUGAAAUGGCACCGAGCACAGAUUUACCUUCAAAGUUUGCUCUUCCGGCAUCUGCACCUUCACCCUCUGUUCUACCUCUCCCUGGUGCCUCCUGGCAAGGACCUCCGAAGGUUUCUCACGGAGAGGAAUUGGCUGAUCAGCUGAAUGCCAAAUGUAACAUGAACCCUAUGGUUGGCAUUGGACUUGGACGUGGACUCGGCCGUGGUUUUAUAAGAAACACCAAUCAGUGACAAGAAAAGAACUAUCCAUCCCCCCAC